CAGUUGUCUUCUAGACCCCUGCACCCCUUGGCACAAGCGCGCUUCAUUACUGCCAGAAGAAUUUGACUACCUCAUCGGCUCGCAUUUGAGCUCAAGAUGGGCGCGCAAGUAACCACGGCUGUAUCUGGCGAAGACGCCUCAACCUACGAUGCUGAUCUCGCCCAGCGUUUAGCCGACCCAAAAGGCUACGAUCGCGGAGCGAUAGUGGCACUACUAAGGGAGAACGUGCCCGCCAUAAUGAAGUCCUACACCAAAUUUUUGCGAGAUAAAAUCACGGAACACGAAAAAGAAGGAAAGAAAAACUUUCUUCCAUUGGCAGUUGAAACGUGCGGGGAGAAUGCUGUGCACGACGACCCAUGCGAGUUUGUCUACAGUACGCAGGGCAAAAGAAUCGUGUCCGUAGAAAGAAAGUACAUCGUAAAGCUUUCUCUCGGAAAGUUCAGAAAAAGAAACUGCAGGCGGAUGCGAAAUUGGGUUUAUGUGACUUGUUUGUUGUGUGUAUGGCUACGGAUGCGAUUCUUUCCCAGCAUUCGCGUUAUUGGUGAUGUACACGGGUCCCUCGACGAGCUGUGGCGAUUGAUUACGAAUUUACCGGAGAUCAGCAACAAAGGCAUUCAGAACUGCGGCGGCAAACUCGUUUUCCUCGGUGAUUACGCGGACAAGGCCCAAGUCAAGGGAGAUAGCUGGUAUGAGAUGAGGUGUUUGCUCCCACCCCUGAAUACAUAAUUGAAGGUGAGGAUUUAGCAUGUGCAAAUCAGUCUCAGCUCUGCGUUGCGUACACUCACAAACACUUGAUCAUGUUUUCGCUUGCUGCUGUAGGUGCUACUGUAAGUGGUCCGAAUGCCUUACCGCGGAACCAGCACUAAAGUAGGCGUGGUCUUUAAAAACUCUUGGUAGCAGGUUCGCUUUCGCAGGCUUCGGCCGCUUGGUCAUGCUACUGUUUAUCUACUGUUGCGUCAAACAAGGUCCCAACCCAUUGCACGCACCCGCCCGCCGUGCUGUUAGAUGAUGAUGAAGAUGGACUGCUGUCCGCCAAUCGACAUGCGUGCUUUCUCGCAUGAUCUGCGCUACCUGCAAUGAAGGUGAGGAGCUGAGAUACAUCGAAAAGUCGCCAUACCGCUUUGGCUUCACUGCGGGCAUUGGUAGCAGGCCAAUGAGAGUGAAUAGGAUUUGUGUUGGACCAUGCUCGUUCGUUGGGUGGGACCAUGACACGGCCCUUUGGCUGCAGAAUCUGCGUUGGUGUGAGCUUGGUUGGUUUCACAGUGGGGGACAAACAGUGUUUUCAUCUGGAAAGCUAGCUUACGACAUUCUUGAUAUUGUUCCUGCAGUCAAAAUUUCCCCGGAACGUCGUGCUUCUGCGAGGAAAUCACGAGACGCUGAACCAAAUUAGCCAAACAGAUAGAGGCAACACGAUGUCUACCGAGUGGAACAGUUUUGAGAAAAUCGGCGGAACAAAAUUGGAGAAAGAAAAUGCGUUUCGAUUUGUCUCCCGCACGUUCUUCCCGACACUGCCGCUCGCUGUCAGAAUUUACGGAGGCGAAGCUGUCGGAGUUCACGGCGGCUUCAGCGAACGGCUGAAGCUAUCGCGCAUAAAGAUGUCUGCUUUGCAUGCGUUUCGUGCAUUUGUAGCAACGCAAAUAUGAUGAAGGCACUGCAGGCGUGCGAAAGCGCACGCCUUGUAGUGGUCGACGCGACUUGUCGCGUUACACAUAAGCAACGACCAAGGUUGGCACUUUUCUGGGCGAUGCCAGUCGUUCGAGGAUUUACAGCGCGUGAACCUAUUCGCAAGGGCCAUCGUGGAUGAUGAAACGCACGCCAUCACCGCGGCGAAGGAAGGUGUGAUCAAAGAGAGGGCAGAAACGCUGAGCGUUCCUUCCGAGAAAGAAGAGCCUGACACUGAAUUCAACAAGCUCGUAGACGGAGUGUUCCCGGAUAUGUACUUGUCCGAGCAGAUGGAGUUUGACGAGAACUGCCCGAACGAGUUGUUGUGGUCGGACCCGGAUCCUGGACACCGCCAUCAAUACUUCAAGAAUCAUCGGGGAAAACCACGCAUGGAAAGCAAAGAGGGGAACGCGGGUGUCCGCUGCCCUGGGAUCCUGUCAGAUGGUCCAGGUAAUAACGGCCUUGAACGCGUCAAGUACUUCACAAAAGAAGCCUUGGCAAGCCAAGGAGACUUGGCUAAGAAAGGAAGUGCUAAAGCGCCGCCGUUGAUGUACUUUCGCGGCCACCAGCCGUGGACCGAGAUAAAUGGUCAAGAGGACAUGGUCCAGUUUCGCCGCGAACUGUUCGACGACCUCGACAAAUAUCCAGUCGACAAACAUCCAGAAAUAGCUUCAGAAGCUUUACCAACUCCUCCAGUUUUUUUUACGUUCGCCGCCGCGUAUUACGGGGGCGGUAAAAAUUACAUGAACCUGGGCUCUGUGGUCAGGCUGGCGCCGACGCCUGAUCGGGUGGCAGGAGAAGUGUCGGUUUACUACGAAAAGACGGCCAGUGAAAAUCUUUUCUCACUUGGUUAUCGAGCGGUGAAUUGCCAUUGCUGCUGAAGCAACUUAGCCACGGAAACUUCUCCCCAUUUUGAACCUAGAGCUUCUUGCAAUGCCCCGCCCAGGCUCGGACGUCAGUUCCGCACACUCUAAAAGGAUGUGGCAUUACUUCAUUUAGGGCUCUUCUAGGCAUUGCCUUUUCAGGUCGUUUUACGGAGCGGCGCCGUUUCCGGAGGAUGCAGCAGCCCGGGGCGGGCGCCUGUCUUGAAAAGGCGGGAAAUUCCGGGGCGCGUUUGCUCACAUUUCGCGAGGCGUCUAACAAUCUACCUCGUGAUGAGGUAUCCGCGGACUCCGCUCUGCGUGUAGCAGGCUGUUGCGCGUCCAUGCAAGGGCCUUGCUUUUGCUGCGAAGCUACACGGCGGACUAUUCAAGCACAUUAGCCCUAGUUCCGUUUCCUGAUGCGGGAGGUUCGUCAACAGUCUUAGGCCGUAUUUGGCGUGGCAUGUACAUAUGCUCCUGUGGGUUGGUGCCGCCGCUGUGCGACGGCGCUCGUGGUCGCUCGUGCUGUCGUGGCGACCAGCGCCCAGGGGCGCGACAGUUGUCUUUCCUGGCAAGUGCUACAGGCCACGGCGCCAAUCCGGUAAUGAGGGUCCGGUCGCUGCAAAUGUUCUUUAAGUAAUUACUUCGAUAUUAGUUUUAGUUCAACGACCACAACCGAGGUACGAGUUGCAAAGGGGUGAGGCAAUUGCGGUUUGCCGUUCGAUAGUACGUCGUGGCAUGACUGGAAGAUGCACCAUAAAGGUAUUUAUCUUGUAGAGAGUGCGAAAUAAUAAUAAAUUCCCUGAAUGGGUCCUGUUAAGUUCUUGGUCACGCUGCAACGCAAAUGACGCAGGAAACCGCAGUGAACGCUGAUAAGAAAAACCUGCAAAAUGUUUGCCACGAGCCUAUUGGGGACCGCUGGGGCUCUUGUGCAAACUGCGUGCCAAAAUGUGCCGUAAUGAAUUAUGAGCGCCCCCUUGGCAGCACCGCGGAAACAUGUAAGAGUGAAAAUAUGAUUCCAGUGGGGGCCUGAGUCCUCUACGCUCGUCAGCUACUAUGCUACAGGACCUCGAGUCUCAAAGGUUUGCAGCUGAGCAAGCGUGCACCCGCGAGCCGCCGUACCGCAUUACGCCGGAGCGCGUAUGCAAAGCCGUAGAAAUUAAGUUGUUCCAUUCCCCGCGCUUUUUUCGAAAGGGCCCAGGCCCGCCGCAGGAGAAGGGUAUUAUUUGGUCCUAAGACAUCGCCCCGAAAAAGUAAAAUGCUGCAAGCAUUCCACGCCUGAGGCCUGGCGAAACUACCUCUAUAUUAAUACGGCCGUGAAUUUGCGCAGCGCCCGUCAGUAUUGCUGCAGGUAAGAGACGGAGCACAGAUGGUUGAUCGCUCAUAGAAAGGCCGCCGCCCGCCGUCCGGGUCAGAGCGUGCUUGGUAGGCUACGGGGGUGAAGAUCUACUACUGAAAAAUGGCCCCACCAAAUCACAGAUCGGCCUCCGGAUACGACAACAAUCCGCCACAUGCCCGAGAAGUUCGAGAACUCCAAGUUGUCAGUUGACGUACUCAUCUUCGGCCGCGGGCCAGAUUAUAGGCAUAAGCGGACCAACAUCGGCCACAUGUCACUAAGCACCGAUCCCUGGGACCACGAGUGGGAGUGGACCAAAGGCAAGAGAACUGGCCCCGACGCGACCACACUGCUAUACACUUGGGAAUACGACGUCGAGGCCAAGUCAGAUCAAAUGUUGGGAUCAGUCACAAAACCACAGGCACAACAGAUGUCGGCAGCAGCGAGAUCUUUCCUACAGUCGCCCAUCCACCAGACAGCAGGACGGGCCGCGGCGUCCGAUGCGGUUGCAAUCCGCACUCUCCACCCUGUGCAGGACCCCCCGGUGGCGUGCUUCGCCGCCUUGGCAGCGAGCCUUCUCAUUAUGUUGCUUUGGUUGUUAUUCAUUGCAGGCUGUCCCUUCGCACUACCAGCUUCCUGUCGCCGGGUUUGCAGUUUGAAAAAGAAGAAAUCCGCAGCCGACCAAAGCUCUUCUGAGAAGGUGAACGAGGAGAAGAUGGAAAAGACGCAAAAGCUGCCGCCAAGCAACAUGCGCGACUACUACAGGUCGGAUGCUGGUAGCAGUGCCGUUUUCGAUCGAGCUGCCUCCGGUUUCCCGGCAGUCGAACAAGCGGGCACCCGCGACUGCAUGUUUGCCCCCCAUCGCAGCGCCGAGAAAAAAAAUCCGAAACUCGCAAGCGACCGGACCGUUCCUUCCAAUGAAGAAGGUCCCCCUGGGGAGACGCCACAAGCCCCUGCUUUCUCUUCGCGAGUGCUGUGGCCCCUCUUGCCGUGCAAGUCUAGAAGCCGGAAAGGCUUCUCUGACGUUGGCUCUGAACAGCGGCGUGUUCGUACGCUUCGGGAUUCUGCGUCGACGGAUGCUCCGACCGUCCCCGGGGAUGUGACGGAUACAUGCGCAAUUUCCUUGGACCGGUUGCCGGACCAGCUUGAGCUGAAAAACGAACCGCUUCACGAGGGGUUCGCCAGUCUUAUCCACCCAAAAAGUGUACUUGACGUCGACGGUCUAUUUCGCAGAUGUUUUCUUUUUGCAUGACAGAGGCAUUAACUGCAGUGAGAGGUUCACCGGGACAAAAUGAUGUUGCCUUGACUGUCAUCCGCACCAGC